ACCCCACCCCCAACUCAGGACUUGGGCUCAAGUCGCUGGGCGCCCCAGCUCCCUCCCCAGUCGCUGCCUCGGCCGGGGGGAGCAGGAACCGGCCAGGAGCGGCCGGCGCGUGCCGCCCGCCCCGGGGAGUUGGGGUUCUCAGGGGGUUGUUUUUCGGCUCUGAGGAGGUCCCCGCCCAACCUUCAAAAUUUUGUCCAAAAGCAGACAAGAGGAUCGCCCCGCGCUGAGCCGGCUCGUGGGCAGCAGGAGGCGCCUGAUCGCCGCCGGGGCGCUGGGGGUGGUGAUGGUGCUGUUGCUGGUCAUCCUCAUCCCGGUGCUGGUGAGCUCGGCCGGCACGUCGGCGCACUACGAGAUGCUGGGCACCUGCCGCAUGGUCUGCGACCCCUACGGGGGCACCAAGGCGCCCAGCACGGCCGCCACGCCCGACCGCGGCCUCAUGCAGUCCCUGCCUACCUUCAUCCAGGGCCCCAAAGGCGAAGCCGGCAGACCGGGGAAGGCGGGCCCGCGUGGGCCCCCUGGAGAGCCGGGGCCGCCGGGCCCCGUGGGGCCCCCGGGAGAGAAGGGGGAGCCAGGGCGCCAAGGCCUACCGGGCCCGCCCGGGGCGCCCGGCCUGAAUGCGGCCGGGGCCAUCAGCGCUGCCACCUACAGCACGGUGCCCAAGAUCGCCUUCUAUGCCGGCCUCAAGCGGCAGCACGAAGGCUACGAGGUGCUCAAGUUCGACGACGUGGUCACCAACCUGGGAAACCACUACGACCCCACUACUGGCAAGUUCACCUGCUCCAUCCCGGGCAUCUACUUCUUCACCUACCACGUCCUGAUGCGCGGAGGGGACGGCACCAGCAUGUGGGCUGAUCUCUGCAAAAACAACCAGGUGCGUGCUAGCGCAAUUGCACAAGAUGCUGAUCAAAAUUACGACUAUGCCAGUAACAGUGUGGUUCUUCACCUGGAGCCAGGAGAUGAAGUCUAUAUCAAAUUAGAUGGUGGGAAAGCCCAUGGAGGAAACAACAACAAAUACAGCACGUUUUCUGGAUUUAUUAUUUAUGCUGACUGAUAAUACAGAAACUAAGUUCAUUAUUCUGAGUUUGGACACUGGAUUCGUGUGGUUAACGUCAGUGAAUCAAGGAUCCCAGGGGAAGCCGAUGGCAGGGCACCUCAGUUGUGUAUAUGUGGGGAAAUCCAAUGCUACCUGACUCACAUCUGUAUCGCUCAGAAACAUUAUGUAAAAAAAAAAUAUUUAAAGCAAGAUAAGCAGAUGUGUGAUCCACUACCGCCAAAGCAAAUACUCCUUAUUGUUAGUGUCCAUGUGAAUGAAGUCCUAUAUAGAUCACACAUUUUUAUAGAGAAAUCUAACACACUGAAUUAUUUCUUCCAUAUAUAGGAUACCUUGGUGUACUGUGAUCGUGCUGCUUUGAUCCAUGUGUCAGCUUUCAUUCUUGUGAGUUUCCUUGCUUAUGAUGAUCCUUGGAGUCUAUUCAUAGUGUGGGGAGGAAUGCUUUCCCCCUAAAGGAGAAGGUCUAAUUGAAAUGAUGCUGCUUGUUCCCAAAGAAAUUGUUUGCCUUGUACUCUUGUAGACUUUAGACCUAGACCUGGAAAUGAUUCAACUUCAAGCCUUAACCUGGAAUUUUCUGGAUAUGGGGGAAUCCCCAAGCCUAUGCUCAUUUUCACAUUUUCUUUCUCUUAUGAAUUUUCUUUUCUGGUGAUAGUUCCUAAAAAUAGACACUGGAAUUGUAUCAUAGGACUACCCUCUAAGUGUGAAAAAUGUGUAAUUAUGUCUAGUAUUUAGAAAAUUCCCUAUGUGUCCAUUUUGUCAAUAGAGUACAUUUAGACU